AUGCAUUCGGUAAGUUACGUGGAAACUGGAGCAAGCAACUCUGAGGCCUUCUUCCUGCCGUCUAGAGCCGGGAAGUCGGUGUUGAUAUUCCGUCACAACAAGUUUUGGGUCAACAACCAGUACCGAGACAAGCUGAACUGGGCUUGUCGCGACAAGGACACGAGGGGCUGCCUGUGUAGGGUCCAGACUACAAUGGACGGUCGCUUCAUCCGCGUGAAAGGCGACCACAACCACGACCCUAACUUCACGCCGCAGAACUUCGACGUCUCCGCCGAGAGGCUCUUCAAUGAGUGGCAGGCCAAUAUGGUGCUCAACAGGGUUAAGGGCACG